UCUCUUAAAAAAGUCCCAAGGAAAGACCCUUUUAAGUAACCUCUCGGUCAAUUUUCCGAUCCUCCAUUUUCUCUUCAAUUUUCCAACCCUCACCAAUUUCUCUGCAAUUUCUUCUUCUCCUCCUCCAUGCCAAACCCUAACCCUCACCAGCACCUGAGAAGCCCUCGCUUUCCAUCUCCAUUCUUCUCCGAUGCCCUCCCACCUCAUCUCUAACUCCCUCUCCACCGCCGCCGGCAAGCCCUCCGACGUUGUUCUUCACUCUUCCGCCUCCGCCGCCGAUAUCCCUGCCGAAGUUGUCUCUCUCUCCGCCGCCGCGCCUUCGUCGCCUUCGUCGCCUUCGUCGUCGGCUUCUCGCCUCUCGGAGAUGUGGAGCUACCUCUGGAUUCCGUUCCUGAUUUCGUUGUCUAAGGAGUUUGGGCCCGCUAAGGCCCAGCCGGAGUCGAUCCUCCUGCCGAGUCAACUCAAUCGCGACUCGCCGCCGAGGUGUCCGGCGUCGGACCCCAAGCUCAACUACCGCCCCGUCAUCGGCAUCGUCAGUCACCCCGGCGACGGCGCCUCCGGUCGCCUUAGCAACGCUUCCUCGGCCUCCUACAUUGCCGCUUCUUAUGUCAAGUUCGUCGAGUCUGCUGGGGCUCGCGUUAUUCCUAUUAUCUAUAACGAGCCUCCCGAAAUCAUUUUCCAGAAGCUUAAUCUUGUAAAUGGAGUACUUUUCACUGGAGGCUGGGCUAAAACUGGUCCCUACUAUGAAAUUGUUGAGAGAAUUUUUAAGAAAGUUUUGGAGAGGAAUGACGCUGGAGAAUAUUUCCCACUGUAUGCCAUCUGCUUAGGUUUUGAAAUUCUAACAAUGAUUAUCAGCAAGGACAACAAAAUUCUUGAAUCAUUCAGUGCAUCAGAUAUGGCGUCUACGCUACAGUUUACGCAGAACGUGAAUAUUGAAGGAACUGUAUUUCAGAGAUUUCCUCCAGAUUUGCUUAGAAAGUUGAGUACGGAUUGUCUCAUCAUGCAAAACCAUAAAUAUGGUAUCUCACCAGAAAGAUUUCAGGAGAACCGUGAUCUUUGUCAAUUCUUUAAGAUAUUGACAACCAGUGCUGAUGAAGAUAAUAAGGUCUACGUUUCCACAGUUCAUGCACAUAACUAUCCUGUGACUGCAUUUCAAUGGCAUCCAGAGUUUCAAAUACCUUCGGAGUCAUUUAGUUUACAUUGUGCAAGUGUUACAGGCUACAGCUUAAGCAUUGUAACUAAAAAUGCUUUCGAGUGGGGCUUGAAACAGAUUCCACACUCUGAGGAUGCCAUUCACGUGACCCAGCAUGUAGCAAACUUUUUGGUCAGUGAAGCGAGGAAGUCUUUAAACAGACCACCUCUUCAGAAAGUGCUUGACAACCUCAUUUACAAUUACAGUCCUACAUAUUGUGGGAAGGCAGGGAAGGGAUACGAUGAAGUCUACAUUUUCACAAGAUCUUCUCUGUGAACCUUGUAAAGUUUUCCGUGUGAACAUGGAAAUUUGUUGUGAAUCACUGAACUGUACAAGAUUGUUGAGAAAAACCUUUGUAUUUAUGGACAUUAUAAACGUGGCUUUGAACAUAUUCGACUAUGAAAGCCUGUUUCUACGUGCUUUUCUGGGCUAUAAAUGAUCUCUGUGUGUGCGUAUGUAUACAUACUAUAUAACACGUAUGAACCUUGAUUAAA